GAUAAUCUUAUCCAUCAAUUGAAGACUUCACUUUUCACAACAUUCUUACAAUCCAUCGGUAAUCAUGUCGUUUGACCCUUCAAGACCAAUUGAUGACGAGGAGGUUUGGUUCCCCAAGGGGAUGUUUGUCGAUAAUCGUACCCAUUCCAAGUUUGGCUUUGAUGCCGGCGACGAUGAAAGAGCUUUCAUCUUCGACUCUUCCGAUAUGAAGGCGUUGAAUCGCUUUCUCGGGACGGGCAGAUUGCUACCAACCACCCGCAAUGAGUAUCUACGAUCAUUGGGCAUUUUGACGAGCGAUCCCCUCAGUAGGGACCUGACGAGUGAGGUUGACAGUCUUGUGGUGACUUAUACCAAGAUCAGAGGUGACUGUGUUUACUUCAGAGAUCAUACAUGGCGUAGAAUUGUCGACAUUGCAGCGCAAAUCAGAAUCUAUGCCACAAUGUCAGGUGGAACGGAAGAAACUUCUUACACAGUUCUUAUGCUAAAAUGGAUUGGCGACUUCCACGAUGAAAACAACAAGACGAAUCCUGAUCAAGCAAAAUUGAGAGAAUUGAGAGAGGGCAUCCAAUGGGUGAUCAAUGACGAGCUCAGGGUUAUCAAACAAUUACAGGCUGGAGCACAAGAGGCAUUGACCGGCUUGGAAGGUUUUCACGGCCAAUGCGAAAAACAUGAAGCUGCAAUGAGAGCUAAUGCCAAUUCUCUUGAGGCGCAAUUGGUCAGAGAGGGUAAUGAUAUUGCGAGUAUGCAAAAAAAGAUCGAUGCGGCUCAAGCUGAGGUGGAUGAGUACCAGGCAAGAAUUGACGGAAAAAAUAGAGUGAUAACAGAUGCCCCCAAAUAUAUGUGGGUUUGGCCCGUUGGAACUUUCAUCGGAGUGGGCCUCGUUCAAGCAGCCAGGAAUGAGAUCAGGGGCAUGACAGAAGCCAUGCAGAAGAUUCAGGCUAUUAUGGAUGAGUAUGAAACUAAACAGAGAACUGCUUCUCGUUUGGAACUCAACAUUAGUUUUGUCAACAGCCAAGUAAAUAGUCUCACUGGUGAAAUUAGACCAGCAAUGCGCACACUCGAACUACUCCAGGGAGCGUGGAAAUCCAUGGUUACAGAUCUUGAGACUAUCAAACACUUGAUUGACAACGAUACUGAGAACAUACCUCCAAUGAUACUCGCGAGACCCCAGAUGCAGAAAAUUGUUAAUGAGUGGAACGAAUUGAGAGAUUUUGCGAGCAAUUAUAUUCAAAACUCCUACAUUAGCGAGUCUCCGGAAAAUGUGAGUGUAGCGCAGUACAUUCAUCAGCUGGAGCUAAGGUACUUUGCCACGUCAAAAUGCUAAGAGCGAAACACGAACAUCCAACUUGUUCAGGAUGUGCGAUGACAAGAUGGUGAUUGGCGGAAUCGGGAUUGUCGUGGGUUUUUAUGAAUGUAGGGGAUUAGGAUGUCGAAGUUUCUUAUCUCUUGAACAGUCGAUAGUUUCAAAUGACAUCAUAUGCAAUGACUGUUGGUGCACUCGCUCGCUCACUGUAAGGAGAACAACGGCCAAUUUGCGAAAAAUAUACCUCCGCUGAUCUUCUCUUGCUACUUGAAAUAAUCGAAUUGGCAUAUAAUUUCCA